GAUGCCAAAGUUAUUUAUCGUCGUGGUCGUACUUGUCACCGUGGUUGCUGUGCUUUCAGCGCCAUCGUGUCCCAAGGACGAAGAGUAUCGAACUGUGGGAGCGUGCGACCCUGUCAACUGCCCGGAAACAAAACCGACUCCGCCCACUCCCGGCAAAGAGAAACCUCCGAAAUUGUGUACCCUGCAAGCGUUCACGGGAUGUUUCUGCCGUGCCGGCCUGUACCGAAGAAAGUCCGACAAGAAAUGCGUCCCCAUGGACCAGUGCUGGAGCAAAUAGAGUCGCUUCACUCAAAGCGGUGCGUACGCAUCGAUGACUCUUCGUGGAAAACGCAAAAAUAAAUGUG